CGAAGGACCAACUGGCAGCCUCGUCACAGUUCGAGUUGAGCCGUCUCGUGAGCAGGACAUCAAGCGCGGAAGCUGCCAGUUGCCAGCCAGCCUGCCAGCCAGCCAGCCAGCCAGUAGAUAUCCUGUGGCUGUAUCCUGUGCGCUGUCCAAGAAGCCAACCUCUGGCUCCUAACUUUCCCGGCCAAGGUGUGCGCGUGUGUUGGUGUGCGUAUCCGUACCCGUACCCGUGUGCUGGCCAAACAAAGGCCAUAUAGCGAACAAGCCAACUUUCAAGUGGCAGCCAAGUGUCGAAUAUAAACCAAUUAAAGCAGCAGCCGAAUUUUAAAAAUCAAAUCAUUUAAAACAAACGCUUUUUGCAAAAAAUUUCAUAACUUUUUGGGCUGGAAAAGGCAGGACUCCAGCCAGGCAGCACAAUUUCAAAUCGAAAGCUAAAAAACCGAAUGCACAUUGCCGGCGAACAGAGCAAAUCGAGCAACCGACUCGGCUGAUGAUGAUUUAGAUGGCGCCGGAGAUGGUUAUGGCCAAGGAGCUGGAACAGAGGCAGGAGUAGCAUCUGGAGCUCAACGGGAGGAGUAAGGAAGAUGAAGACGGCGGCAGCCGAACGGAAAUGAAAUCAAAUCGCACAGCUGCAGCCGGCAAUGGCAAUAAUACCGCUUGUGAAUUAUGGCCAAAGUUAAUUAAAAGCCCAAAAAGAACGCCGGGACUUAAGUCCACAACAGGCCAGACAUAAAUCAAUUCGAGGAAACAAAGACGACAACAUGUAGAGCUGUAUUGUGAAUGGCCGAUCCCGAUGUCAAUGCCUGUUUACACGGCCAAUGAAAAAUGGCCAACAAUAUGGCCAAAGCACUGAGUACCUGCAGCACCUGCAGCCUGCACCCAAAAACGAUUCAAAGCGAAAUGACUUAAAGCGGCUUACGAAGAGCGAAGCCAGCCCACACCACGUAUACGCAACGUCCCGCCAGGCGGAUGCGUGAUUAAUUGCACUUUAAACAAACACUAAGCCAGGACUCAAAACAAUCCAAAAGGAACACCGGAAAGCCAUAAGAAAAAGCCGUCAAAAUGUUGCCAACCAACGUGAUGACAUUCAUGAAGAAGAUGGUGGCCACCGACGAACAGACCACCGGAGGGCAGCAGCAUGCAACGGACUCGGGGGCAGGAGCCUCCAACACGGGUGCCUUGAACAAGAUGAAGGCUACGCUGUCCUCGUCGCUGCUCACGGUCACAGACAAAGUUAAUAAAAUGUCGCCACGCCCCUCUCUGGUUCCGACGGAUGCGGACACCAGCGGCAGCUACGGCUCGCCCAGCUAUCAGCAGCAACAGCAGGACUCGGCAGCAGGCGGCACCCUCAACAACAACAACAACAGUGGCACGGCGGCAUCAGCAGCCGGGGGCGGAGGCGGUCCGGCGGCCAAGCAGGAGCCAGGUCGAAGGGCCGGAGCCUGCCGGGUGUGCCUGAAGUCCUUCAAGCCGGACGACUACCACAAGACGUGCUUCGAGUGCCAGCAGCGAGUGUGCGAGGACUGUGCCAGCUACAGUAAGCUGGACGAGCACGAGGAUGCGACCAUGUGGCGGUGCAGUGUGUGCCGGCGGAAGAUGGCCUCGCGGGUCUGCAUUCCGCAGGACUCCACGGACUCGAUGCUGGACGUCCCGGUGCUGGAGGCUCUGCAGCGACGCCACUCGGACGCCAAGCUGGGCAGCAGCACCCAGACCCUUGCCCCCAGCAAUGGCGCUGCCCUCGCACCCCCGCGGAGCCCAGAGCUGCGGCGGCAUUCGGAUGUUUCGCCUGCAUCGCUCAAGGAGUUAGAAAGGCAACUGAAAGGCGGCCGCAGCAUGGCGCCCAGCCGCUCAAACAGCCCGCCACGGGGCGAUGGCCAGGAGCCGCCAUUUGGAGCGCCCCUCUCCCGGAUGCAGUCACGCCGUGGGUCCCGGGUGGCGCGGCAGCACAGCUACGACGACGACAUGAAGACGGGACCUGUGAGCGGAAGCAUGGGCGGUGGAGGUCCGGCCCUGGGCUUGGGGGCAGAUGGAGCGGGUCUGGGCAUUCCGUCUAUGCCACGCAGGAAGUCCGCCUACGAUGUGUUCGCCCCCGGACUGAUGCAGGCCGGAGGAGCGGCACCUGCCACCCAGUUGCAAAGGUCGCCAGGGGAGGGCGGCAUUAUGCCGCCCAUCCAGCUGCCGGGUUCGCGGAGACCGUCUUUCCGGGUGCCACACGCCUCGGAGGACAUACAGAACGAUGACUCGCCGGGUUCGCCGGACAAGGGAAGUCCCGUGCUGACCGUCGACGAGGACCGGAGGAUGCGGCGACGCGGAUCACAGCUGCCCGACAUUGCCAUGCUGCAGAAUCGCGGUGCUCUGCCGUCAGCCCCCGUUGCUUCUAUUCCGCCGCCCAUGGCGGCGUUCACGGGCCCCAAUCUGGAGGAUUUGGAGGCGCCACGGCGCCAAACCUCAAUGGAUGGCGAGGCCAUUCGGAUCGUCAUACACGACGUUGAUUCGGGGCCGAUUUGUGCAUCUAAGCGGCGCAUUAUCCUGCGCCGGGAUCCCACGGACAAGGCGCACCGCACACGUGGCUUUGGAAUGCGCGUCGUCGGUGGAAAAACUGGAGCCGAUGGCAGACUUUUCGCCUAUAUUGUUUGGACGGUCCCGGGCGGAGCGGCCGAGAAGAAUGGCCUGCAGCAGGGCGACAAGAUUCUCGAGUGGAACGGCAUGUCUCUGAUCGACAGGAGCUUCGAGGAGGUCUGCUCCAUCAUGGACCGCACCGGGGACAUUGUGGAGCUUCUGGUGGAGCACGCCACGGACUUCCGCAUGUGCGACCUGUUCGACGAGAACCUGCCCCCGGGCAACGCCGGCGGACAGAGCGGACCCCGACGGUCGGGCGACGGGCCAGUGGGCCUCGGCCUCAUAGCGGAACCCGAAACCACCACAGACAAAUCACCAGCAUCGCCAACUAGACGGAAAUUACCAAAAACUCCGGAGCAAAUUGCCCGCGAGAAGCUGGUCACCGGCCGCGUCCAGAUCCAGGUCUGGUACCACGCCGAGCGGAACGAGCUGGUGGUCUCCCUGAUGGCCGGCGACGACCUGGCCCUGAGGGACGAAGCCUACGGCCACGGAAAUAUGCCGGAGGCCUAUGCCAAGGUCCGAAUUUUGCCCAAGUGUGGUGAUGGCAGCGUGCAACAAACGGAGGUCAGCCGACCCACCCAGAACCCCAUUUGGAACGCCACUUUGACCUUCGCCCAUGUGAAGGCCGACAGCUUGAUGGAUCGCUACAUAGACAUCCAGCUGUGGGACCUGGUGCCCCACACCGAAUCCAUCUUUCUGGGCGAGUGCAGCAUAGAGCUGCAGCAGGCCUUCCUGGACGACCAGGCCAUCUGGUGCCGGCUGGAGGACCCUAAGGGGCUGAGAGGCAUCAGCAUCAGCAAGUCGCCCAGCGUCUCGCCACGGGGAUCCAUCGCCGCCGGGGCCGGAGCUCCGUGUGGUGAUGUGUCCCGGCUGCUGAGACGCGACUACAACAUGCAGCGCUCCAUCUCCGAUGAUGUAGACUCCAUCGGAGAUGGUACCUCGCUGCUGCAUCCCGACCAUGCCUGGAUAGCUGGCUCGCGUCGGGGCUCCUCGCAGUCGGAGACCAUGGAAGUGGAGGUCUACCAGCUGGGCAAGGACUUCUCGCGCUCAUUGCCGGGCUCGCGUCGAUCGAGCUUCCAGGAUGCCGAGAAGAAUCGGCUGGAGGAGGACGCCAUGGCCACGCCGCCCACGUCUUAUUUGGUGGGCAGGCGCCGUUCGUCCGUGGCUCGACGCGAUCCGGAUGAGAUCUUGAAAUCCUUGAAGGCUGUGCGCGGCGAACUGGGCAGGACUAUGAGCCUGGGCACUGAGCAGCACAAGCGCAUGGGUUCGCGACGUGCCAGUCGCGUCGGCCUGCCAAGCGGUCCCAACAGCCGUAAGAGCUCUAUCCUCGACCUGUCCCAGCAGCAUCAGCAGCAGCUGCAGCACCUCCAGCAGUUGCAGCUCCAGGCCCAGCAGCACCUGCCCCCGGGCGUGGGCAACACGGACACCAGUCCCCCCUCGGAGGACGAGGACAAGCGCUACCGUCCGCGCUGGAAAGGAUCGGGAAGCCAGCUGCCUCCCCAGAGUCCCAAGCAGGCUCUGUCCCGUCUGAAGCAGGCUGCAUCAGUGUCCAAUGUGGCCGCCCAGGACUCGCCCACCCGGCAGAGCCAACUACUGUCCACCGGCCAGUUGCAGCCACGCAAAAGCAGCAUGUUCCAGCUGGGCGAGGCUUCGGCUCCGACCACCACCACCACGCUCCAGCGCAAGGGAAGUAUGUACGUGGCCAAGGUCACGGAGACGCCGCCCAUGGGCGGAACGCCAACCCGGAAGGGCAGCAUCUAUCAGAGGAGUGGAGCGGGAUUGGGAGCCGAAAGCUCCUCCUUAGCCCCGGACAGUCCGCAGCGUAAGCAGAGCGUGGUGAAGACCCUGAGCGGCAGCUAUGUCAAUGUGUCCGCCAUUACUGGCGGAGAGUCCAGCUACGGCCUGAAGCUGGGUCCCUCCCAGAUUCAUCCCAAGGGCUACCGGCUGACCACCGCCCGUUACGGAGAGCUCAAGAUGGGUUUCGUCAAGAUCAAGGGCAACGUGGAGGUGGAGCUAAUCUGCGCCCGUAACAUUGUCAACGAGGACUGCGAGACGCCACCGGAUACCUAUGUGAAGUGCUACAUCAAGGACGGCGACCGGCUGCGGCACAAGAAGAAGACGCGUGUUGUGCGCCACUCGGCGGAGCCCUUCUACCGCCAGACCAUUAAAUACCAGAGCUCCGACGUCUUUGGACGCAACAUCGUCAUUAUGGUGUGGCAGCGGUGCGUGGGAUUCGAGCACAACCAGGGGCUGGGCGGCACGGAGGUCAACCUGGACAAGGUGAACAUCGGGCAGCACAUCAACGGCUGGUACCCGCUCUUCCCGAUGCACAGCUACGGCGGCUCCGACUCGGACAACUCCCCCUGACCGAACAACCCGCAGCAGUGCCGCAUGGAGCAGGGACGACGGGAGGUCACUCCGGAAAUACUUGCGCUCAAGCUGCAAGCUCAAUUUGUUAGCGUCUAAGACGGGGUACUUGGAUAUCCGAUAUAUAUUGUUCCCCCGCCCCCACAAUGGCUUUACACACGUAACCCCUGCCCCCGCAUUACAAGAUUUUCCCCCAGUGUAUGUAUUAGUAAUAGUUAAAUGAGCUUAGCUGAGGCUGGCAGGAUGUGGCAGGAUCGGUUUAUGUUACACUAAAAGAAAAUCUGUAUUCCUGGUAAGAGAGAGCUUUUUAAGUAGGGUUCGGUUAGGCAGUUAGGGAGCAGCACUACCAACGUAUAUCAGACAGCACAAUAAUUGAGGAAUCGAGAGUACCAGAAGCUUAGACAUAAAAUAUAUACACAGGUUUAUAUAUUUUUGCUUGUUGUGUUUGUGAAAGUUUAAGAUGUUGUUUGCAUUCGAAUGUGGAAGUGAGAGUUGGGAUUUGAAAUGUGGUGGCACCAAACGAGAAACAAUAAUGUUGAAAUAUCGAGGCAACGAAGAGGACAGAGGCUUGGUAGCUAAACAGAGGCAUAUACAUACAUACCAAUAUUCAAAUAAGUGUUAUUUAAAUGUUGCGCUAAAGCAGACCUCUUAAAAUAAAUAGAAAUAAUAACCAAACAGCUGAGAACCCGCUAAGGUUUCAACUGCCCCCCAAAAACGAGUUCUUUGAGAUCUGUGCAUCAAAAAUCUGGAUCUAGAUCUGUAUCUGAAUCUGAAUCUGAAUCUGAAUCUGAAUCUGAAAUCGAAAUCUAAUUUAAAUCGACAAUCUUUAUGGGUGCGUGCUAGUGUGGAUGUGAAGUGAGUUGUAACGCGUGAUUAAGACGAAUUUACUGUAGUAGUUUUAUGGUAGGGAUUUGAUUGCAACACAGCAAAUAGACGACAUCCUUCCCACUAACUCUUCCUGCUAAUUAUCCUGUGCUCUAGACCCUCGAAACCAAACCAAACCAACAAAACGAUAUCUUCAGCCACUCGAACAGGACAAUCUCUGUUUUAAGAACAAAAGUGAAAAAUUUACAAUUUCGGAACUUAUGUAUAGAUCUACUCGUAAUACUUAUCCCAAUCAAUGUUCAGCCUAAUGACUUGGAGUUUCAAACUAAAGUUACAAAGCAUAUAUCUCUAUAUAUACAUAUAUAUUUAUUUAUACAAGGCUUACACUGGAGCUGGAGGAGUCG